AUGCUGUCAGCUCCCCAACUGGCACCAUCCUUGGUCCGUCGCGCUAGCUCGGCGCGGGUGCCCCACGCCUUCAGAUUUUCUGCCAAUUUAUUCGGACUCUCAUUGGCCCGCAAGCUGGCCAUCAAGGUUCUCCGCACUAGCUUAACCAUCAAGGUCCUCACGCUGACAUUCAGAGCAGGUCCUCAUUUUCCAUUUUGCGCAUCCGCCUGUGCCCGUCCCUGCGCCUGCCGUCCGCGCCUGACACCCGUGCCGCUCUGGUCAACCGUUCCUGGGUCUUUCCAAGUUCUCUCUGCAAAGCUCGUCUUUUGCCCAAGGUACCUCUUGCUCGGUAUCACCGUCAACCUCGAGAAAGUGAACCGUCAAAACUCUAAACAGUAG